AUGAGCAGCUCAGCGUCUCAGGGCUCGAGGUCGAAGAUGCUCCUUCGCCAGCGGUUGUCCCAGCUGCUCACCUGCGUAGAGGACAUGAGCUCUGACGAUGAAGCCAGUGAAGAAGUGUCCCGCACGCUGGAUGAAGCAUUUCAGCUCUGUGGCCGCUUCAUUCCCACAGACGCAUUCAGGCUGCACAUGGUGACCUGGAAUGUGGCCACAGCGGAGCCUCCUGAAGACGUCACCUCUUUGCUGCAGCUAGAUGUCCAACCUCCCACAGACCUCUAUGUGAUCGGUCUGCAGGAGGUAAAUGCCACCCCAGUGAGGUUCAUCUCAGACCUGAUAGCAGAGGACUCCUGGAGCCAUGUCUUCAUGGACACACUGGCACCCAGAGGCUUUGUCAAGGUCACGUCAGUGAGGAUGCAGGGUCUGCUGCUGCUGGUUUUCGCCAAACAAAUUCACCUCCCCUACAUCAGAAACAUCCAGACCACCUACACUCGCACCGGCAUCUUUGGCUACUGGGGUAAUAAAGGAGGAGUGUCAGUGCGUUUUUCCUUCUACGGCCACAUGGUGUGCUUCCUCAACUGCCACCUAGCAGCUCACAUGAACUACGCACUGGAGCGCGUUGAUGAGUUUGAGUACAUCCUGGAGGCACAAGACUUUGACCUCUACGACACCCCACAAAUCCGCGACCACAAGGUGGUGUUCUGGUUUGGUGAUCUGAACUUCCGCAUCGCAGACCAUGGCUUGCACUUUCUCCGCUCGUCCAUCAACAGCGGACGCCUUAAUUUGCUGUGGAACAAGGACCAGCUCAUCAUGAUGAAAAAGAAAGAAGCGUUCCUUCAGGAAUUUGAGGAAGGACCAUUAAAUUUUAAACCCACCUACAAGUUUGACCGUAACUCUGACACCUAUGACACCAGCACUCCAAAGACAUGGUUGGGUUUUAAUGGCAAGAAAAGGAAGCCGGCCUGGACAGAUCGAAUCCUCUGGCGGAUCAAACCCAAAACUCUGCCAUCAGAGGAGGAUGAAGAAGAAGAGAAGGCAUCCACUUCCACAGAUGAUAGAGAAGAUGAGUUUCCAAUCCUGGUCACUCAGGACAAGUACACCUCCGAUAUGAGCUAUGGAGUCAGUGACCACAAGCCUGUCAUUGCAACCUUCAGCCUGGAUCUGAGGAAAUGUUUUGACACACCACUGGUGCACGUAUCUCCUGUGGGUGUGUGGAGUGCCGACCAAGAUGCACUUUUGACCUACACCGUCCAAGAAGACUUCAUGUCUUCCACAUGGGACUGGAUUGGCCUUUACAAGGUGGGAUUUAAGAGUGCGGCUGACUACGAAACCUUUGUUUGGGUCAGAGAGAAUGACCUGCCAGAGACAAAUGAAGUCAUACAGAGAUCUGUGGAUAAGGAUGAGAUCCCUCUGCUGGGUGGACAGUAUGUUUUGGGUUACUACAGUACAAACAUGCAAAGCAUCACUGGCCUCAGUGCUAGUUUCCAGAUCCUGGAGUCCAAACGUGCUGUCAUGGAAGGCCUUGUUCCCGAGGAUAUCAAUGGGCUCAACAAAUAA